CCGUGACAACCGACGCCGCUCCGCUCCGCCGUCCAGGUGUACGGUGUGCGAUAUUGCAGAGAUCUGGACCGUUUUGGAGCUCUAUCAGUGUAUCUGCAUGAAAUGGCCUAACGCGAUAUGCUUUGUCUCGGAGCCCGGCUGUCGCUUGGACUUCUCAGAUGCCGUCUGCCUCCCUCACCCCUCCGAGAAUAGAGCGGGAACGCCGCUAAAAUGAAGACUGACACGGGGAUAAGAAUUUGAGCUGUUUAUACCUCGAGUGGGAAAAGCUAGCGGUGAGGCUAAAGCAGCCAGCCAGCUAGCCAGACAGCUCAGACACCCGGCAGCGGCGGCUCGGAUAUCGGAUUUGCGCGGCCAUGGCGGGGCUCAUCAAGAAGCAGAUCCUGAAGCAUCUCUCCAGGUUUGCUAAGAACCUGUCGCCGGACAAGAUCAACCUGAGCACGCUGAAGGGGGAGGGCCAGCUCACCAACCUGGAGCUGGAUGAGGAGGUUCUCCAGAGCCUGCUGGACCUGCCCACCUGGCUCGCCAUCAACCGCGUGGGCUGCAACAAGGCCGCCAUCAGGAUACCAUGGACGAAGCUGAAGACUCACCCCAUCUCUUUGACUCUGGAUAAAGUGGUGAUGGAGAUGAGCACCUGUGAUGAGCCCCGUCCUCCCAAUGGCCCGUCUCCCAUAGCAACAGCAUCAGGACAAAGUGAGUAUGGCUUUGCUGAGAAGGUGGUAGAGGGGAUUUCCCUUUCCAUCAACUCCAUCGUCAUCAGGAUCAGUGCCAAGGCCUUCAACGCCUCCUUCGAGCUCUCUCAGCUGCAGGUCUACAGCGUCAACACCAGCUGGAGCAUGAGUGACCUGCGAUUCACUCGCAUCCAGGAUCCUCAGAGAGGAGAGAUCCUCACAUUUAAAGAGAUCAGCUGGCAGAUGAUUCGUAUUGAGGCUGACGCUAUCCAAAGCGCAGAGCACGAGAUGUUGAGCGCCCCCAUCCGCCUCAUCACUAACCAGUCCAAGAUCAGAGUCACUCUCAAGAGACGGAUUAAGGACUGUAACGUGGUGGCCUCCAAACUGAUCCUGGUCUUGGACGACCUGCUGUGGGUGCUGACCGACUCCCAGCUCAAAGCUAUGGUGCAGUAUGCAAAGUCCCUCAGCGAGGCUAUGGAGAAGUCUGCACAGCAGAGGAAGAGCAUGGCCACAGAAGAUCAGGUGUCGUCAGCGCCCCCCUCGGCCCAGCAGGUGCGCACCCAACAGGCGUCCACAGCCGCUGACCAGAGCGCAACCAUGGCCAAGCUGUUCAGCGCCUAUGAUGUGUGUGAGACGUCCCACCAUCUUCAGAUCACACACCUUGACCUGCACAUCUGUGACGACAUUCACGCGAAGGACAAAGUUGUCAAUAAGCGGAUAACAGGUGGAGCCAUGCAGCUGUCCUUUAGCUCCAUCACUCUGGACUACUACCCUUUCCACAGAGCAGGUGACAGUUGUGCCCACUGGAUGCACUACAGCGAAGCCACUAAAACCAGAGAGGGCUGGGCGAGGAACCUGCUGGAUGAGUUCAAGUCCAACGUGGAGAUGUUAAAGGGUGCAGUUCGAGACCAGCAAGCCCCGGCUCCUGCACACAGUUCCCCACAGCAUGGUAAGAUAAGCACCUCGUCCAGCUCUGCCUUCAGUCCUCCUCCCCCUUCAACCCACAAGACCCAGCUCAUGUCCAGCUCGGUUGUUCUCAGGAUGGCGGACUUCAGCAUCUACCAGGUUUCAACAGCAGACCAGCGUCGCUCCAGCCCCAAGGCCAUGAUCUCCUGCAAUAAGAAGUCCUUGUACCUCCCCCCGGAGAUGCCCGCCAUCCAUGUCGAGUUCACAGAAUACUACUUUCCUGAUGGAAAAGACUAUCCAAUCCCGUGCCCCAACCUGUAUGCCCAGCUCAAUGCCCUGCAGCUGGUUCUAGAUCCUCGCAGCCUGGUGUGGCUCAACCUCUUUGCCCUCGACCUCAGGCAGAGUCUGGAGCAAUUCAUGGAGAUUUAUAAGCUUAACGACUCGCAGAAACCCGAUGAACAUGUCGACGUCAAGGUUGACGGCCUCAUGCUCAAGCUGGUGAUUCCCACUGACCGGGACGCCUCCUGCCCCCCCGACCUGCCUCGCUCCAUCUCAGUACAGACUUCAGAAAUGGUGGCCACCAACACCCGGCAUCCUGCCAACUGCACCCGCUCUCACCUUGAGGCUCUGCUGCAGGCCUUCGAAGAGGAGCCCUUCUUCUCUUCAUCUUUCUCCUCAUUCCCUCGCUCCUCCUCCUCCUUACCCAUCCUCCAUCCUGUCUUCCAGCGACACGCCCACGAACAAGACACCAGGCUGCACGACAUCUACCGGGGCCUGGUGCAGCCGACGAUGGGCACAGACUCUCUCAAAAUGCCGGCCGCCACUGACUUUUGGGCGCUGCACUUUGCCCAGUUUUGGGUGGACUAUGAAGGUACCCGUGGAGGUAAAGGGCGGCCGCAGCCCUUUGUCGACUCCUUCCCUCUCACUGUGUGGGCCUGUCAGCCAUCGAAGCUUGUCCAGCAUCAGGAGAAGCUGAGAAACGCUGCGGGAUCAGGACUGUCCAGGAGCACGUCGGGGGAGGCCGUCGCACGUUUGCAGAGGAAACGAUUGUUAAAGGAGUACUACAGCUCUGACGGUGCACAGACAUCAUCUCAGAGCGGUGACUCACCACUGCCACCCAGUAACGGACUCCAUAAACCCCACUCGCUGGACAGCCUGCCCUCUUCAUCCUCUUCUUUGUCAUCAUCACAGAAAGAUCCAGAUGUACAUGUGUUGGUGCAUGUGCAGAAGCCUUUAAGCGCUCAGGUGAGCCAUCGGCAGUAUGUGUUUCUGAUGCAUCUUCAGCGCAGCAUCAAAGCCCUGCAGCAGACACUACAGCAGGAUCUGGAGAAGAUGAGCUCCAAGAGAGACCGUAAGGAUCACCGUCCUGAAGAUCACCAGCCCUUCACCGCCUGCCUGGGCCUCUUGCUCAAAAGCGCAGAGGUGUCCCUGCUCCUGAAGCCUGUUCCUCGGCCCGAGGGUUCGGGAUCUCCUCUAGGCUCAGAGCUUUCACCGUCAGAGAGUCGUGGAACUCUGGAGCCUGCGGGUGAUGCUGCAGAGGUGGCGGAGAAGAGCAACGAAGGGUCUGGCUCAGAGGGAGGAGCAGCCAAGCGGUCUUGCACAGUCGACCAGCUGUUAUGUGGUGAAGGGUCGGAGGGUCCCGCCCCCCUCGUCCCCACUUCAACUACACGUACUGACUCAAAUCACAAAGCCUCAGUGGAGGAGAGGACUUCAGCUAAGAACUCUGGGAGGGGAAGUUCAGAUGAAGGGGGCGAUGUGAUGGUGGAUGGGUUGGCAGGCGAUGAAAUGGGAGCCAAUUUGAGUGACCCUCUGUCCGACCCACUCAACAGCAAAGAGUGGAGCGACAAAGACAAGGCUGCAGGCGGGAAGAUGCCUCAGUCAAUAUCCAGUGGUCGUUUGAUGCGGGACCGCUCCCAGUCCAGUUUCUCUGUGUCCUAUAAAAACAUGAAGAAGAGCCCGUCUCUGCAGUCUCUGGAUAACAUCUCCAUUGACAGCUACCUGAUGGAGGACGGAGACACUUACAGCCUGCUGGAGAGAGACGAUGUGUCCAUCUCCGGCUUCAAGGACGCCAUCAGCGAACAGAGCGCCACAGAGAGCGCCACUGAGGCAGUAACCGGCCAGGAGCAGGAGGGAGGCGUGUCUCCUGACACUGUCAGCGCAGCAUCCCAGAGCAUUGACGAGCCCACCAAAGAUAUAGUGUCGGUGCUGGUGCUGAAGGUGCAGUCGGUGUGUGUGGGCAUGGAGGUGGUGGGCGAGAGCACGGCCGUGGCUCUGGAGGUGGGCCGGGUCACGCCCAGCCAGCUGGGCAAUGUCAGCCUCAGACAGUACCUCAGCAACCGCAGCCUGGGUAUGGUGUGUUCAGUACCAAUACCUGCUCAAAGCAGCCAAGCUGGUGGAGAGAACAGCUCUGGUUCCAUCCUGGGCCUCCACAGUCCGGAGGUGCGGGCUCGCCUGGAGAGCGGGCCCUGCGCCGCCGCCCACUCCCCGCUGGCCGAACGCAACGGCUUCCUGCAGCUGCAGCUCCACGGAUACCAGGCGAGCUUCAUGAUGUCCACGCUGCGCAACCUUGCCCUGUUCCUGGAGGACGACUCUGCCCCGCAGGUUCUGCCCAUGGAGAUCAGUGUCAGGGACACGCACGUCAAUUUAAAGGACGACGGCCCCCGUGACAAUCCCUCUGACUCCGAGCCGUCGCCCAUCACCCUCCACGUGGACAGCCUCGUCAUACACAGAAGAGACGACGGGUCUUUCUCUAUAGGAGUGGACGGAGCAGCAGAGGCCAAACCCAAGAAAGCGGGUUCAUUGAUUGACAGCUCUCUGAGUCCGGUCCCUGAGACUGUGGGCAGCAUCUGCGGCGUAUCGAAGGCUACGCAGACUCCAGCCCCGCCUGCCACCCCCCCUCCAUCCACCAAGGAAAAGAUGCUGAUGGAGGAGAAUGAAUGUCUGAAGGUGGAGCUGUCCAGAGCCAAGAUGGCGCUGGCCGAGGCUCAGAUGGAGAAGGACUCGCUGCUUCACCGCAUGAAGAACCUCAAAGUCGCCACCAGCUAGAAACCAGCCCUCUGUCUUCGCACCCUGUCGGUCACCCAGUGGGUCGGCGGUGACGAGCAGCAUCAACGAGUAAAGACAAACAGGAACUUCUUACCGCGCGUGGCUCCCUUUUCGUUUGAUGGGCGAGCCGCCGCGCGACUUCAGACUUCGAAACAAAGCAAUGCAGAGUCUCCGUGAAGACUCAGAAAAAUACACGUUUUUUUACACGCUUGUUGUCUGUUCUGCGCUCUCCACGUUGGACUGUGGAGGCUUGAUGCAUUUGGAGAAACAUUUAGCGGGACUGUGUGAAAGAAAGAGAUCUAUGUUCUUGGUUGUGCCUACAGAAAACCAUUCCCACAUUAUUCCCCUAGUCUAACUUAUAAUAAUAAUAAAAAGAAAAACAUCA